AUGGGAUUGGGAACCGAAGACCGAGAUCCCCACGGCCCCUCCAGCCAAUGCCAAACUGGUCAACCCCCUUUCAAACAGAUUUCCUUUACAGAUGGAGACUCAGAUGAGGAGAAGAAACCAUUUGAAGAAAAAGGCAAGGCACUCUCUGCCCAUUCCAGUGAGAACUACAACACCCAGAGGCGAGGGAGCGAUGAGUCACUUAAACUCCCUUUUACACUACAAUCGGAGCCCAAUCUAAAUGGGGAGGAGAAUUCCAAUGAAACUAAGCCCAAAGCCAGAAACGGUCCUGCUAGAUCGGAAUCAGACGCUAGUUCAGGUGGGGGAAACUCCAGGAAGAGGAACAUCAGUUGCAAGGACAGCUGCCAAGACAGAGCAGGGAACUGUCUAGAAGAUGAGUGCAGCUUGACUUUUGGAAAGAAACCAAAGACCUCUGCUGCUGUACACAGCAAUGAAAUGGAGGAGACCCACAAUGCGAACCACAAGCGGCACCCGAAGGCCCACACUGAGCACAGCAAAUGGCCCAGAUCUCGUUUCUCAAGAGACCACCCACCACCACUUCGCAAAAGUCUGGUGAACUCCCUGCGUGCUAUGUCUGAAGCCAUUUAUCAAGACAUAGCCCAGGUGUGGGCACAGCAGGUACAUUCUCCACUGACGUGGGAGCAGCUCUCUGAGCUCACCCAGCUCCAGGGGCCUCUGUGCACCGUGGUGCCGACCUUCUAUGCCAUGGCCACCCAGGCAGCCUGUGUCUUCCCUGCUGAGGACUGGCUUACUCCAGCCACACUAUCUGGUCCUGGGGAUCCAGUCCUGGAUGGAGAAGCCCACAGCUCCUCUUAGGAGG